CUAACCGAGCUGGAGAAGUAUGGUUCCUGGGAUAUCCGCGUGCUAUUCGGAGGGCGUGGAGAUUCCCCACCAUCGCCUGAUCCAAUCCCUUCACGUCAUGACUCAUACACUUUUCUCCUCCCAGCUAUAUCUAUACUUCGGCACCAUCCAUGAUCCCAUCCAUUCCUCAACCCUUAAAAUAAUCACAUAUACCACUAUUGAAUGAAUAAGUUGAUAUCAACAAUUAAAAAUGACCCAAUCCCUCCGCUUCCUCACCCUCGACGUCUUCACCACCACCCCCUACUCCGGCAACCCGCUGGGCGUGGUCUUCCUCCCUACCAACAACACCAUCACACAGUCCCAAAAACAAACCAUCGCCCGUGAAUUCAACCUCUCUGAAACCAUCUUCAUCCACCCCACGGACCCCGCCACCCCCUCCGUCCGCAAAAUCGACAUCUUUACUACAGAUGAAGAACUCCCCUUCGCCGGCCACCCCACCAUCGGCGCAGUCUCCUGGUUCCUGCAGCAUUCUCCGGAAGAGUCCGACAGGAAAGAUGUCACGACUCUUCUCACGAAAGCCGGUCCAUUCGCCAUUUCUCGCGUAUCGCCUUCAUCAGAUGGCGGUGUAGUGGCCGCUCAAAUCGCACACAACGUGCACAUCCACUCAUCGCGGUUCCCGCUAUCAGAGAUGCUGAGAUUGCAUCCUUCUUUGACUCCUUUCCUCUCUAACGAGAAGAAUGCUAGCUUCCCGGUCUUCUCCAUCGUCAAAGGCAUGAGCCAGGUCUUGGUUGAAUUGCCCAGCUUGGAGGCGCUGGCUGCCACGGAAGCCCCCGUGAGCGGGGAAGUCAUUCCCUGCAAAUCUGUCUCGCAAGGCGGAUACCUUGAUGAGGGGUGGGAAGGUGCUGGUCUCAUUGUCGUUUACUUCUAUGUUCCUGGGGUUCAUGAUGAAGCGACAGGGAAGAAGGUCAUCCGGUCGAGGAUGUUGUUGAGGAACUUUGAGGACCCGGCGACGGGCAGUGCGGCGAGUGGGUUGUCGAGUUAUUUGGCUUUGACUAAUGCUGGUGAGGGGAAUGUCGAGUAUGAUAUUGUACAGGGGGUGGAGAUGGGCAGGAGGUCGGAUAUUAGUGUUGCUGUUAGUACGAAGAGUACUGGUGGUGAGAAGAAGAUUGAGACGGUGGAGUUGAGGGGAAGUGCGGUGCGGGUUAUGAGUGGGGAGUUGGUUGUUUGAUUUUUCAAUUGUGAAUAGGUCAUUUCUCGUUGAUAGGAUAAAGUGUUUGAGAUUGUCAUUUUUGGGCAUAGAAUGAGCAUUUAGUAGUAGUAGCAGUACUGAUGUGAGUACAUCAACAUUGGAUUAAAGCUCCAGAUGCUGCGUGACGAGGGUAUAACAAAGACAGCUAGUGGUUAUCAUUUGAAUAGUUAUUUGCAGUUAUAAAAGGUUAUUAUUAGUUACAA